UUGGUUGAGUUGUGGCCCAAGUUGGUACUGUUCGCGCGAUCAUAAGGUGAAAAUAAGUGGAAAUUUUACGCCCAUAAUUCUCUCUCUGAUCUGGCUUUAAUUUUGUGUGAACGCGCGAAAUCAGCUCAACACAGAACAAAAAACUUGAGCAGACGUCGAAUGGACAGAGAGGCAAUUUGUGGAUGAUUUAGAUGUCACCUCUGUCAUCAGUGCAGGAGACGAUGCCCGCUCGAGAUCACCCAUUCAAUCACUCUCGCCGGCCUCUGCUGGAGAGAUGUCACCCGCAGCCGCAGAUGCUGCCCAAGCCGGAGCGCAAGAUGUACAACGGCUUCGAUGACUUCAAUUCCAUUCCGAGAAUCCGGGCGGCCGACUUCACCGUGGAGAGCGGCUAUCCGUACGGCGAGCGACAGUGCAGCCAAGACUCCGGGGCGUCACGUGAGGUCGCAGAUGAGGAUGACUAUGCGUGGCGACCGCUGCCCCGCACACCCAGCCCCACGCGACCGCGCCGUCUCCUCCGGACGACAUCAUCUCAGCGGCGGCCGCCCGUCCAUGUCUUCGGCAGCGCGGUGAAUUCGUGCUGCCAGCAAGAUUGCACACCUGUGAUAUCCAAAUACUCCAACGGCUGCAGUAGCAACGACACCAGCACCUCAUCCACUGGCCUCCCGUUCGCGUUUCAGACACACCAGCAUCAGAGACUGAGUGACACAGCAGUAAAAGGUGGUGUCAAGGAGAGGAAAUCGAAAUCGAAUCGCUGUAAUAAGGUGAAUAACAAUAAAGACGCCGUGCCGUCCAUCAAGUGCGUCGUCGUGGGAGAUGGAGCCGUGGGGAAGACCAAUCUGAUUGUGUCCUACCUGGAGAAUCGCUUCGUAGCUGAGCACAUUCCGACAGCCUCUGACAUCUACAAUGUUGACGUCCAGGUGGACGACGCGCCGGUGAGAGUGACGAUCUGCGAUACGCCCGGACAGGAUAAUCUAGACGUGCUGCGAGAGCUCUCCUACCCGGACACCAACAUCUUCCUGCUCUGCUUCAGCGUGGUGCACCCGGAAACGUUCCGCUCGGUGAAGUCCAAGUGGCUGCCGCGACUGUCGCAGUACCAGGACGCGCGAGUGGUGCUGAUUGGGACGCACGCUGACCUCCGCAGCGACCGCAGUACAAUUAUACGAUUGCAGUGUCAAGGUGAGAAACCAGUUUCACUGACGGACGCAUGGGAUUUUGCCAGAUCCAUUGGAGCCAAAUACAUUGAAUCAUCGUCUCGUACAAAGGAUAAGGUGAAGGAAGUCUUUGACACGGCCAUUUGGGACGCCCUCACGGCUCAGCGGCCGGAGCCGAAGCCGCUGUGGAGGAAGAUGCUGUGCUUGGCGUGAGGCAUUAAGUUAGAGCGUUAGUUAUAUAUACUCCGAAAUACUUUCCCCGGAUUCUCAAUAAAUGAAGAUGAAAAGCAAGU